UGAAAAGAAUCUGGCUUCACUAUCUCAUUCUUGGGGUGGAGCCUGCAGGCAGCACUUGAAGCUGUUUUCUUGCCAUGCCUGGUGGAAGGAGGGGCUUAACUAGGCAGCAGCUGAGUCGGUCAGCUUUGCCAUCACUCCAAACCCUUGUUGGUGGCAGUUGUAGCAAUGGCACUGGACUAAGAAGCAGGAAUGGAACAUCCAUUGGCUUGACAGCUCCUGUAACAGCUCUGAUUACUCCAGAACCAGUCCGCCACUGUCGCAUACCUGACCUACCUGUGGAUGGAACUCUCGUCUUUGAACUUCUUUUCUUUAUCUAUCUACUAGUGGCCCUGUUUGUCCAAUACAUUAAUAUUUACAAGACAGUUUGGUGGUACCCCUAUAGCCAUCCAGCAGCAUCUACCUCACUGAACUUCCAUCUGAUUGAUUACCACUUGGCAUCCUUUAUAGCUGUGAUGUUGGCUCGGAGAUUGGUAUGGGCACUAAUAUCUGAGGCAUCUCAGACUGGGAAGACGUCAAUAAUACGGUACACAGCUCUCAUUACAUCACGUCUUAUAUUGCUCACAAUGUGUGGGUGGGUACUGUGUUGGACACUUGUAAACCUCUUCCGAAAUCAUUCAGUUCUCAAUCUCCUCUUCCUUGGAUAUCCGUUUGGUGUUUAUGUUCCACUGUGCUGCUUCCACCAUGACAGCCGGACUCCUUUACUCCCAGCAGACUGUGGUUACCUGACACAAGAGCAACUUUGUGAUGACAUGGGAGCUCUGGUUAAAUCGAAAGACUUCCUCUCACUCCUGCGGGAGUCCCUCAAAGAACAAUUUAAUUAUUCCAUUUCUAUUCCUUCUCAUUCCUGUCCACUUUCUCCAGACCUUAUCCGCAGUGAGGUGGAGUGCCUAAAAGCCGAUUUUAACAAGAGGAUCAAGGAAGUUCUCUUUAAUUCUCUGUUCAGUGCCUACUAUGUAGCAUUUCUUCCACUUUGUUUUGUAAAAAGUACACAGUACUAUGAUAUGCGGUGGUCAUGUGAGCAUCUCAUAAUGGUGUGGAUCAACGCCUUCGUCAUGUUAACAACUCAGCUGCUGCCAUCCAAAUACUGUGAUUUAUUACACAAAUCGGCAGCACAUCUUGGCAGGUGGCAAAAACUAGAACAUGGUUCCUACAGCAACACACCACAGCAUUUGUGGUCAGAAAAUACCAUUUGGCCCCAGGGUGUAUUGGUACGACAUAAUCGAUGUCUGUAUAAGGCUGUAGGGACUUACAAUGUAGCAGUGCCUUCAGAUGUGUCACAUGCAAGAUUUUAUUUCCUGUUUCACAAACCUUUACGGCUUCUAAACCUGUUGAUCCUGAUUGAGGGCAGUGUGGUGCUAUAUCAGCUUUAUUCCUUGCUGCGCUCUGAGAAGUGGAACCACACCUUGUCGCUGGCUUUAAUUUUGUUCUGUAACUAUUAUGUUUUAUUUAAGCUCCUCCGAGACAGGAUAGUUUUGGCCAGAGCUUAUUCUUUCCCACUUAAUGCGUACGGACUGAAGUCUCAUUAGCCAGACCUAAAAAUGCAUGCUGUGGAGACAGUUUUUUUUAAAGGGGGGGUUGCUGUGGGCAAAUAUUUCAAAAAAUAUUUUCAUACGGUUCUAUUUUUUCUUGUGAUGUUUGUAACUAUUUAAAAUAUUUUAUAUUUUAUAUACUACAUUUUUGUGUUUAAGGAGGAAUAUACAUGGUUUUGGACGUCUUAUAUGUGAAAGCAAAUAUAUAUGAUGUAUAUAUACAUAUAUAUAUAUAUAUAUGUAUAUAUACAUAUAUAUAUAUAUAUAUAUGUAUAUAUACAUAUAUAUAUAUAUAUAUAUAUAUAUAUAUAUAUAUAUAUAUAUAGUUAUUCUGAGUACAUAGCUACUCUGCCAAAUGAGAAUGUGCUUCAUAUUGCCUCCUUCAUCAAAACAGUAUCUCAAAGUUAAGUGCCAUUGAGUACCCCAGUGAAUACGGUGCAUAUUCCUAAUGAUGCAAAAAAAUAAAUGAAUAAAAAGAACUGCAUUUUAUCUUG